AUGAGAAGAGAAGUCUCUAAAGUCAAUAUUGUCAUGACAAUUACUUCUCCCACCGCAAAACAAGAAGUGGAGUUUAAAGAUGCACUUAUAAAUGAGAAUAAUCGGCGAAUUCUAUCAGCUGCUAACCAUUUAAGGAUAUAUCUCAAGUUCACGACUAAAGAAAUCGCCGGCUUCAAUAAGGGAUCAACGGAAAACUCUGUUUUUCAAUCUUCAAUUGGACGAUUUCUUGUUGGGUUUGAUUGGGUCAAUGCAGUUUUCAGGAGUUUGUCAUGA